UAUAGGUAGAAUUGAUUGCCGAGUUCAGGGAAAGGCGCUGCCAGUUGACAGGCAAUCAAGCGAUCAGGACACACGUGGAUUUCUGGAGCUGUCAGAUUUCACCUUACAAGACCUCCUGGUGAAGGACAGCUGCUCAGUGUGACAGUCACAAGUCAGUGCAUGUGAAACGUGGACAACUGGGCAGCUCAAGUACUCACCCCAACAUGCCAAACCCAGUAAUAAGUGACUCGGAGACAAAUGGUCCCAUUGAGGUACAGUUCCCUUCUAAGACACUGAAGUACUUACAGAGACCACCAACCAUAGUACCAAACUAUGGUCGCAAGAAACACAGCCUUUUGCCCAAAUCAAAUAUCUCCCGUGUGCUACUCUAUGACAAUGUCAUGCAACAACAGAUGCUGGAUGUGAAGCUGAAUAGCAUUAAACUUGAAAAACAGCGUGCAGGCAAAAUUCUCGAUCUCCACCGCAAGUCCUUUGUGUUGCGACAGUCUCACAAGCAGAAUGUGCUUCCCGAAAUGCUGGCUCCCCCCACAUUGCCUAAGGUACCAACAAGACAUUGCAGUGAGUCUUCAUCAAGAUCUGUGAAAAAGUGGACAGGAAAACAAAGCAGGGGCUUCCCCACAGAUUCUGCUGGCCGCAGAAAGGAUGAGAGCCAAACAGCACAAAAGGUGCCAUUAAGAUUGGAGCAAAAUACUGAAAUCCAAACUGUGGAGAAAGCCAGCACUAAUGAAGCACUCUCAGACAGCAACGGACUAAAUUUGCCAAGGAUUGAAGGUACACAAAGUCGAGGAAUAACAACGAAGUUAAUAGUCCAAACCAAUGCAGGAGAAUGUGAAGAACUUGAUUUGGUGGACAGUGUGCAAGGCGCUGAAUCAGGGGAGUUAAAUCAUGGAACUAGUGAAACAAAUCAGAUCAACAACAAUAUGGUGGCCCAAAAUGGCACUAAAUCAGCCACGAUGUCUUCAAAGAAGUCCAUUGACCCCAGGUUUCUCUCCUUACAGAACACUUUACAACAAGUUGAUCAUCAUACAGAAGGUUUUGCUGAGCUCAGUCCAAGCUUUACUAGAAAAUAUAUCAAAAUACCUGAUUAUUUAAUAUCCAUGUGACUUCAUAACAUGACAGCCAUUGAUUCUUGUAAAGUAUAACGGUUUGUUAUGUUUGUCCAUAUUAUGACAUUAAUUGUAUACUUAUCAUUAAAAAUCAUUUCUGUUAA